AUGGCCACCACCACCACCGCCGCCGACAAGUCGAAGCAGUACUUCCCCCUCGCUAGUGGUGCUAGCGAUGGCUGGUCUACGGAGACCGAAGCAACAGCGACAUGCUUCUGCGGUGCUGUCCAGCUAGUCUUCCCGCUCCAAAAGCCGGGGUUAGUGGAGACAUUCGUCUGCAACUGCACCGACUGCCACAAGAUCACGGCCUCGAUGUUCGCGACCAACUUCAUUGUCGCGAACACACACCUCCGCCACGUACGCGGGCAAGAGCUCCUCAAGACGUUCUCACAGAACAAGACAAUCGCCUCGGGCCACCACAUGACGAAUCACUUCUGCGGCGAGUGCGGCACGCUGAUGUACCGCAUUGGCGCGCAGUGGCCUCACUUGAGCAUCCUACGUGUCGGCACCGUGGAUGAUUUCCGCCUGCACGAGACGGUCCUAAAGCCGCGCGUCGAGCAGUACAUCGAGGAGCGCGCGAACUGGCUUGGCGAGGUUAAGAGCAAGGAGAAGGCGGUAGGGAUGAUGAAGUUUGGGGGAGAAGCUAGGUUGUGA